AUCUCAAUCAACACUCGAAAUUUACAAGUUUGAUUCUUCAGAUCUACUUCUCAAGACUUCCAGAUGGACUCGCUCCGCCACUUGGUCCCUGAAAUCCUCCUUCCGACCUUCACCUGGCCUCAUCGCCUUCUAGGCUCAGUGGAUACAACAUCGUCGAUUCCGCCUGCACCACGACUUGCUCCUCGAAUUGUCCGUCGGCUUUUUGGUUUUACCCAUUGGUAUCUACGGAGCUUCUCUCGUCACUACUGUGCCUGGGUUGGUAUCGAGCACAACAAUCAAAUUGCCCAACUUCCAUUUGGCCUUGUGCUGAAAUGGUCAGAUGGCACUCGACUUGAGGAGAUCAUGGCUAUGAUGGUUGCCCGAUCUGCAGGGUUUCCUGUGCCGAAGGUUAUUUCAUAUGGAGAGCAUCCUGACAUGCCUUAUGCACCGGUAUCGAUUUUAAUGACUCGAAUACCCGGAAGAGAGUUGGGAGAUACAUACGAGCGGCUGAAUGACAAAGAGCGCGACACGGUAUUCUCUGAGCUGCAGUGCAUACUACGCGUUAUGCGGAAUUGGGCUCAUCCAUGGGGAGGAGAACGUAUCUGCUCUGUUGCCGGGACGGCCAUUAGAAGUGUGCGUGUUCCGGACCAUUCGGUCGGGCCUUACGAGUCAGAAUCCGAGUUCAACGACCAUCUCAUCUCUACAGCUUCUGAUCACGGUUUUUCAUCUCAAGAUCUGUUCGAAGAGAAGCUUGCCUGCGCGAAAAGGAUGCAGUCCAUGCACCAUGCUGUUGUCUUCACGCAUGGUGACCUGAAGCACCACAAUAUCAUGGUCCACGAUGGCCGUAUCUCAGGACUCAUUGAUUGGGAGUCUGCAGGUUGGUAUCCGGAUUACUGGGAGUUUACAACUGCUCUAAGAUUCUGUCCCAGGGACUUUUGGUGGUAUAGUUUUGUCUGGAAGCUUGAGGGUUCAAAGUAUUCGGCGGAAAUGGAGAGUGAAAGAGCUCUAAUCCCACUUACAGUUGACUCUUGGGUAUGGUAGCUAAGAUCUAGAAGAGAUUAACUUCUAAGGUAGGCUGU